AACUCCAAACCUUCAAUUCAUAUAUAUUAUUUUACCAAAUCUCACCUUCCUUCCUCAUUCCAUUCCAUCUCAUCUGUCCCACUCCCAUCUCCAAUCAUCUUCUCCUCCCAUCCAUCUCUAUAUAUAAACACUCUCCCUCCCUUCCAACUUUGAACUAUCCAUCCAUCCAUCACUUAAUCACUCUGUGUUUGUCUGUAGAUACAUACAUAUCAGUGGUUGAUUAGCUGUGUAAUAAGAUCAGAGUAAAUCUCUCUCUCUCUCUCUCUCUCUCUCUCGAGUGUCGGUAAUGGCGGCAGAGUCAUCAUCAUCGCACUCGGAAACGGAAUCAAUAAGUAGCUACUCAUCAUCAUUAUCUCCGUUUUCUUCUGAUCGGCUUACGCGGCCGAAACGGGCGAGGGAGGAGGAGGACGGCGGGAAUAAUAAUGGCGGGAAGAGGAGUAGAGGGCGGAGUGAUCUGAAGCACCCGACGUACGUGGGGGUGAGAAUGCGGGCGUGGGGGAAAUGGGUAUCGGAGAUCCGGGAGCCCAAGAAGAAGUCUCGGAUCUGGCUCGGCACUUUCGCCAGCGCCGAGAUGGCCGCCAGGGCCCACGACGUCGCCGCCCUGUCGGUCAAGGGAAAAUCCGCGGUCCUCAACUUCCCCGAGCUUUCCGACCUCUUGCCCCGCCCCGCCACGUGCGCCCCGCGUGACAUCCAGGCCGCCGCUUUAAGAGCCGCGCAUAUGGACCAUCUCGACCCGCCUAAGGCGGAGACGCCCGGGCCGUCAUUGUCGGCGGCCUCCACCGACUCAUGCUCCUCCUCCUCCUCAACCUCCUCUUCCUCGCCGGAGGCGGCGGAGGAGCAGCUGGGGGAGAUAGUGGAGCUGCCGAAGCUGCCGGACCCGAGUUACGAUUUGGUCGAGUCAACUCGGGACGAGUUUCUGUUUAUUGACUCGGACGUUUGGGAUUACUUCCACCCAUGGUGGCAUAGCUUGGAAGACGACUAUGGACAUUGCGGCGGCGGAAGAAGCGGCGACGACGGCGGAGGAAUAAAUAUCGAAAUUUCAGAGUUUCAAAGUACGGUUUCAGGCCAGUUUGAGAGCUUACUAUGGCAACACUGAAACAGUUUAGUCAAACACCCAAAAAAAUAAAACAAAAAAUUAGAGUGAAAUUACAAGUUUGCCCUUUUUCUUCAAACUUUCUUUCACAUUUUGUGAGAGUUUAAUUUUAUUUUAUUUCUGGGAAUUUUAUAUGGACUCUUUUUUCCUGGUUUGUUUGGGUGUUUUUUUUUUUUUUUUUUUUAAAUAUUUACAGGCAUGAGUAACUGUACUAUAAUGCACCCCAAGUACAACUGUACACAGUGGUAUAAUAGUUGACGUUUUGGUUUCAGUAUAUUACUCUUUUUUCAAAUACUACAUACUAAAUUGGUGAGUUAAGUCGGAAUAGA